CGGGUAUUUUUCGGAAGGUUGUCUGUUCCUGAUAAGUCAGGACCCGCUGCACUUAUCGCCUAACUCACGAUGGAUAUUGAAGGGUCUCUUAGUAUCCACAGGGCGAAAACAAAGGGAUUUUAAUAAAAUGGCGGCGCUGAGGAAUGUCACAUGUUUUAAUAAUUCGUUUCAAAAGUUAGUUCCUUCGUUUAUGAAAAAUGAUAUAAGAUGGUUACGGAGUUCCAGAAGUAGUGUUGUUACAGUAAGAAAAUUGAAAAGUAAACAAAAAGAAUCUUUAAUAUCAAAUGUAAAGGAAUUAAAGAAAAAAUCUGUCAUUGAAAAGAGAAUAGAGACUUCAGAGACUUUACUGCCAAAAGAGAAAAUAAGAAAAGACUAUGAAAUUCAAGUUACUGUAGAAAAUCAAUAUAGAAGACUUGCUGAAACUGUUACUCCUUUAUGGAAGGUACCAUAUGAAAAACAACUGAAGAUAAAAUAUGACCUUUGUGUGAAGAAGUUAAAAAGUAUAGCACAUCUAAUGAGACAAAAUAACUGUAAGAAUAUUCCAUCUCAUGGUCUUCCAUGCCCAAUAAAAGCAAUUAAGUCAUCACCUGUUGUUGAUAAUUACAGAAAUAAAGAUGAAUUUAGCAUACGACCUAGUCCAGAUGGUAAUAUGAAAACAAUUGGAUUUUUUAUUGGAAGUCCUGCUGAAUAUAAAAACGUUGUUUGUGUUGGUCCAGAUUAUUUAAAUAACAUAAAACAGUCUCACAAGAAAGUAGUUCAGCAUCUUCAAAAUUACAUAAAUGAUUCUGCAUUGGAUGCCUGCAUAGAUCUUAAAAGUGGUCAUUGGAAGAAUCUUGUCGUCCGUUCAAAUAUUCAUGACGAUUUAAUGGCAAUUAUUGUCAUGCACCCACAAAAUUUGUCAUUGGAAGAAUUAGAAAAUGAAAAAAAUAAAUUAAGAACUUAUUUUACCAUUGGGGAAGGAAAAGAAUGUAAUUUAAAAUCAUUAUAUUUCCAGGCUUGUCCUCAUACAAGGUGUACUCAUGAACAAGCUCCAUUUGAACUUAUAUAUGGAGAACCUUACAUUGUAGAAAAUGUUGAUAAUCUGAAAUUCAGAAUAUCUCCAGAAUCAUUCUUCCAAGUAAACACGGCAGCAGCUAAAGUUUUAUUUAACACUAUAAUUGAAUUGGGCGAUUUUAGUGAGAAUUCUACAGUCUUAGAUGUUUGUUGUGGAACAGGUGCUAUUAGUUUAUUUAUUGCAAAUAAUGUUAGACGUACAAUUGGUAUUGAAUCGAGUUCUCAGGCUAUAGAAGAUGCUGUAGCUAAUGCUGAACUAAAUGAAAUAAAAAAUUCAACAUUCUUUAUGGAAAAUGCUGAAGCUUUUCUCCCUUCUUUAUUAUCUGAAUUAUAUGCAGAAGAUUUAAUUGUUGUUCUCAAUCCUUCCAGAGGAGGUUUAAAAAAUAGUGUCAUAAAAACUUUGAGAGACUGUAAACAUCUACAGAAAAUAAUUUAUGUAUCAUGCAAACCUGAAGGAAAAGCUGCAGAGAAUAUUUUACAGUUUUGUAAACGAACUAAAAGAUUUGAAAAGGUAACACAUCCUUUUACUCCAAUUUUGGCUGUACCUGUUGAUUUGUUCCCUCACACAAAGCACUGUGAAUUAAUAAUAGUUCUACAGAGAAUAUAAUAAAAAUAAAUAUUUAUUUUUACAUCAUAAGUUAUUAAUUUUAAAAAACAAUGCACUGUUCUGGAGAAUGUUGAAUCUGGAAGUUUUCAUAAAGUCCAAAGUUGAUUACCUGAUGCACCUGUACAUUGGGGUAUGUGCCAUUUUCCUAAUCUCCAAGGGGGCCCCAAAUUCUAUGAUCAACAAAAAACAGAAAAUUCAUGACUUCUAAUCUAUUUUGCAAAUAUAAAAAACUAAUGAACAAUAUUUGCCCAUUGUUCCAUGUAACUAUUUUUAUAUAGUAAUUUGUUUGUUGUAUAGUAUUUUGAACAAAACCACAUUCCUUAUUUUCAAGACCAAGUUAGCCCCGAGUGCAAGCAAUGCCACCUUAUGGAAAUGCUGAUCAGACAUCAUGAAGUUUGAAGCUUUUUCCAUAAUGUAAGAUACCUUGUUUUGUAGUUUGUGUCCACCUAUUUUUAUAGUCUGGAGCUGCUGUUGAUUGUACUGUAUAUGAUAAAAACAUGUAAAUAAGGUGGUCAUUCACCCAAGAUGGUUAAAGAACCUGGAAUCGAAUCUAGAGAGAUGGAGAACUUUUUUGAGGGAAGUAUGUGGUCUUGUUCCCCAUCGUCCAGCUACUCCCAUUGUAGAUUUAUAAAUCCACAACAGGUCUUGGAAAAAAUGACUAUCUUCAUGCCCACAGGGCAGAGUUGGAAAAACUGUGUAAAUUAUUAAAAUUUUAUAAAUUACAGAAUUUGCCAAA